CCAUAUAUAUACUAGUAUUUUUUUUUCAAAUCUUCUGAUCGAAUAUAGAACGACAAUUUGUUUGAUAUCCUAUACGUACUUCCACUGUAAGUUGAAAAAACACCGAUAAUGUGGUAUAGGCCUCCGGGAAACGCUUACAGGUGUAUACUUAACAACGAUUAGUUAAUAACGUGGCUUACGUGUUUAUUAAAAUAAUAAUAAUUCAAAACGAAAUAAAAAUAUAUACAACUAUAUAAUUGUAUCAACCAUUGAUUACAAAUAAUAGAAUAUAAUAAAAUAACUAAUACAGUUCGGCCGCAGCGCUCAACAUGAACGCAUGUACUUCGCACUGUGUUUGUUCCGUUAUCUCUGUUUUACGCUCGUUUAUUGAUUUUAUUCAAUUGCAAUCAUAACAAUCGGUAGUUAUCAUAGACCUACAAAUGAGCCUAACGGUUCGUUUGGCCAGGGUCGGCGAUAAUUACGUCCUCGUGAAAAAUUCAGAUCCGAACUUGAGUCCAGGUUCGCCACCCAAUCUUACCAACGCAAAACAUUCAAAGCGCAAUUUGUCAAAUUCGUCUUUAUCACCUACUCCUGGCGAUAAAAAAUCCAAAAUUUUCAUCACACCAAACAGAUACGCCGUUCUCGCCUCCGAAGAAAAUGAAACUACUACACCAUCUAUCACAUCCAUAUCAAACCAUGGCAACGCUCACAUUCCCGAUCAGGGCGAAGAUUCUCCAGCACCGCUAAUUUAUAUCAAAGAUAUUUCAAACUACUCUUCAUUCAAAAAUCUUUUGACAAAUCUUACCGGUCCGAAUGGAUUCACAUGCGAUAGCGGACUGGUGUUAAGACCGAAAACCGCAGAAGACGUGUCGGACAUACUGAAGUACUGUAACGACAGGAGCAUUGCGGUGUGCCCACAGGCGGGCAACACGAGCGUGUCGAGCGGUAGCGUGGCGCUAUUCGACGAGGUGGUCUUAUCCACGGAGCGGAUGAACAAUAUAAUUAAUUUCGAUCCCGUGUCCGGGGUGUUGGUUUGCGAGGCGGGAUGCGUGCUCGAGUCGCUGAUGAAGUGCGUGGAUGGUCACGGGUACAUGAUGCCGUUGGACUUGGGGUCGAAGGGCAGUUGUCAGAUCGGCGGCAACGUGUCGACCAACGCCGGCGGCAUACGCGUCAUACGUUACGGCACGCUGCAGGGGUGCGUCUUGGGCCUAGAAGCCGUCACCGCAGAUGGUACGAUUUUGGACUGUUUAAAUACAAUGCGAAAAGACAACACGGGAUAUCAUUUGAAGCAUUUAUUCAUUGGUUCAGAAGGCACGUUAGGCAUUGUCACCAAAGUGGCGAUAUUGUGUCCAAGUCUCCCGAAGCACGUAAACGUGGCAUUUGUUGGAUUGGACAGUUACGAUAAAGUGCUCAAAUUGUUUUCCAUUGCUCGUGCCGAGUUCGGAGAAACCCUAUCGUCAUUUGAACUCCUGGACAACACGGCUGUGACGUACGUGGAAAGUAAACUUCAUCACUCGUGUCCGAUCAGCAAUGUCCAUCCGUUCUAUGUACUCAUCGAACUCGCUUCAAGUCAACCGACUGUCGGCCAACACAUGGAAAAUGUCCUAGAAAAAGCACUCGGUCACUCGGUGAUCUCCGAUGCAACAACGACCGAUCAGAUGUCCAGCAUACACAAAAUAUGGAAAGUUCGUGAAACAGUAAUUGAAGCAUUAUUAAAGUUGGGCUACGUGUACAGCUUCGAUAUAUCGUUACCUCUGUGCCGAUUUUAUGAGAUUGUUGAGCUAACCCGGGAAAAACUUAAGGACGUUGCAGAUGUCAAAGCCGUUUGUGGAUUUGGUCACAUUGGCGACGGCAAUUUGCAUCUAAACGUGGUGACAUCGCAACGAAACGAAGAAGUGGCUCGCACGAUCCAACCGUUCAUUUACGGGUGGACGUCCAAGCACCGCGGAAGCGUCAGCGCCGAGCACGGGAUCGGUUUGUCAAAAACGCAAUAUCUGGAGCAAACGAAGAGUAAGUCGGCCAUCGACCUUAUGCGGAGUCUGAAACAUACCAUGGACCCAAAGUGUAUAUUGAACCCUUACAAAGUGAUCCCGGCCGUGGCGGCCAGCGAUCAGUAAUCCGGGAUUGGAAAAAAAAACCUAAUAUUUAUAUAUUUAUAAUAUAGCUUAUACGUCGAAUGUGGUAAUAAACUUUGGUAUACGUACCUUA